AUGGAAACAAAACCAAUGAUUUGCGAAGACGAAUCUACCAACCUCCCGGAGCUGUUUACGCGCAUCGAAAUUCUGGAGGAAGCAGUGCUCCGGCAUGCCGGAAAAUCCAUUUCAGUGGCACAUCUACCAACUGGCUCACCCAACAACUCUACUUCCACGACUCUUGGAACUCGCCUCUCAGGAACUGGAUUUGGAAAUGCACUAAUUUACAUGAAAUCCAAUCAACAUCCUCACGACCAAAGCUCAGCCACUCUUGUCUUUGCAAUAAGCUGCCUUCCAAAUAUUCAUCAAACUCGUGACUUGUUCAAUCAUUUUUUUGAUACUACUCAUCCGAAUUUUGGUGUACUCCAUGUACCAUCUACUCGCGCUAUAUUGGAGGAAAGUUAUCAUCGGCUAAGCCUGGGAAAAGCCCUUGAAGCAGGAACUCUUCUGCUUCUACUUAGCAUCAUCUCCAAUGCCGCGUUUAUAUGGACCCCAGACCUACUGAAGAAGCUCUAUAUUACCCCUUCCGAGGCCAAGGAUCUACAUGUUGCCUACAGUCAUCUAGCUUUGGGGCUUCUUGAUCAUGAUCUGCCACCCUCUACUGCCGCCUUGGCAGGAAUAAGUACCCUCACUUACCUCCACACCAAUGCAGAGGGCCUUCUUGAUAAAGUUCAUCUUCUGCGUGCUAGGGGACUUCUCAUGGCACGCGCGAUGCGUAUUCAUUGUUUGGACACCCCUAAGAGUCGUGAGCACCGACGUCUCAAUGGAUGCGAUGGCAUUGAAGUUGAAGUACAAAGACGCAUCUGGUGGCACAUGGUAUCUUCCGAUUGGCUGCUUGCAUUUUCAGGUGGGCCUCAAGAAGGAACCUACAUUUUUCAAAAAAAACACAUGGCAGUUCAGUAUCCUAGCAAUAUUGAUGAUGGAGCUAUCACUGCGAAAUUUGACCCCGACCGUGCACCGUAUGACUUGUCCUCCUCAGUCCCUACAACAAUGUCGGCUUCUAUCGCUCGGAUCAGACUGGCAGAAAUAUGCGAAGAAGCAGUGAAUCUGCUCCCGUUCAAUGGACUUGAUUCCAUCGAUCUGGAUUACGAUACUGUCAUAGCAUUAGAUGCAAAGUUUCAAUAUUACUUGCAAGAUCUGCCAUCUUUCUUCCAGCUUCAGCCAGGAGGAGCUCGGGAUACCCAACUUUGCCCACAUGAGAACUCCUAUAUCAUGUGGCAGCGACUAAUCCUCCACUUUUCGGCCCACACCCGCCUAUGCUGGCUGCACCGGCGCUUCCAUCUGGAAAGUUCCGUAAACAAACGGUAUGCAUACUCACGAGAGGCAGGGAUACGCUCUGCUCGUAUGGUACUUGAGUUACGGCGUCUCAUGGACGAUGCAGGUCCUUUGGUGAGCAUCAACCCUUGUCGUUUGUGGUCGAUCAUGCAACACGUAUUUCACGCAGCCGUUCUUCUGGCAAGUGACUUCUCUCUCUAUCCAACCAGUCUUGAUGCUACUACUAGGCAGCAAGAGGUGAUGGCAGCUUGCCGCAUACUAGAGCAGUCUGCAUCGGAGGUAGAUGGCACUCAAAGAGUAGUGCAAAAGCUUCGAGCCACUUUAAAAGAGCGCAAACUCAAGAAUAUUCCGCCCACUACCAUCAAUCCAGCCUCCUUGAUUUCAAGAGAACACACGCCAGGAAGCUCAGCUGCAACAAAAGUUCAUAGCCCAGUGAUGCAAUACAAGGUAGAGCCUAGCCCGCUCUCGAGCAACAGUGACGGAAUUUCGCCAUCGCCUCUUGAUAAACUUUGGUCUGAGUUUGUUGAUGCAGCUCCUGAUAUGGACUUGGACCUGUGGACAUCCCUUCUAGAUGAGAUCGAUGGAACCUUGAGUGCAGACCACCCUGGAAGAUUAUGGGGUGGAUUCGAAAACAGCAUCUAA